AUGAGUAUCGUGCUUGCAGCACUACUGAAGGCCAAAACCUUGGCUGUCAAGAAGACCAGACUCAUGUUUCUUGGGAUGCUGUCGAAGAGGAAGGUCCUAGCGAGUGCAAUCUCCAACAAGAUCCAUGCACUGAAGGGCCACGACAGCGGUGGAGGAUCUGGCCACGCUCUCGGGGGCUACAGCAAAGCGAUAGUGAUGUAUAAUGCUGCCAGAGAGGAGGUGUUCUCGAGUCCAGCUGAUCAUAGGGAGUCGCUCGAGUAUGUCGAAGAAGACGAGUAUCCUGACUUGGCACACACUCUCUUUGACUUGGACGAUGAGCUGAUCGACAAUCCGUGCUCUGUCAUGGAUUUGGUUCGAGGCUCUGGAGAGGACGGCUUGGAAUUCAACCUCGAGAAUGAGAUCGAUCAUGUUGCCGAUGUAUUCAUAAGGAGAUUCCGUAGGGAGAUGAGGUUGCAGGAGCAGGAAUGA